AUGGACCACCAGGAGCCUUAUUCUGUGCAGGCCACAGCAGCCAUCGCAGCCGUCAUCACCUUCCUCAUCCUCUUUACCAUCUUCGGCAACGCGCUGGUCAUCUUGGCCGUGCUGACCAGCCGCUCUCUUCGUGCCCCGCAGAACCUGUUCCUGGUGUCGCUGGCCGCUGCUGACAUCCUGGUGGCCACGCUCAUCAUCCCCUUCUCGCUGGCCAACGAGCUGCUGGGCUACUGGUACUUCCGGCACACGUGGUGCGAAGUGUACCUGGCGCUGGACGUGCUUUUCUGCACCUCAUCCAUCGUGCACCUCUGUGCCAUCAGCCUGGACCGCUACUGGGCCGUGAGCCGUGCGCUCGAGUACAACUCCAAGCGCACCCCGCGCCGCAUCAAGUGCAUCAUCUUAACGGUGUGGCUCAUUGCUGCUGCCAUCUCGCUGCCUCCCCUCAUUUACAAGGGUGACCAGGACCCCCAACCCCGCGGGCGCCCCCAGUGCAAGCUCAAUCAGGAAGCCUGGUACAUUCUAUCCUCCAGCAUCGGCUCCUUCUUCGUUCCCUGUCUCAUCAUGAUCCUCGUCUACUUGCGCAUCUAUCUGAUCGCCAAACGCAGCCGCAGAGGGCCCAGAGCCAAGGGGGCCCCCAGGGAGGGUGAGUCCAAGCAGCCCCACCCCCACCCCACUGCUGGGACUUCAGUCUCCGCCAGGCCACCUGCCCUGCCCACCCCUCUGGCUGUCACUGGGGAGGCCAAUGGGCAUUCUAAGCCCACUGGGGAAAGGGAGACUCCAGAAGAUCUGGUCUCCCCAGCAUUGCCACCCAGCUGGCCUGCCCUACCCAACUCAGGCCAGGGCCAGAAGGAGGGUGUCUGUGGGACAUCCCCAGAGGAAGAAGCUGAAGAGGACGAAGAGUGUGGACUUGAGGCUGUGCCAGCCUCCCCUGCCUCGGCUUGCAAUCCCUCCCUGCAGCCACCCCAGGGCUCUCGCGUCCUGGCUACUUUACGUGGCCAGGUGCUUUUAGGCAGGGGCGUCGGCACUGCUCAUGGGCAGUGGUGGCGACGGCGGGCACAGCUGACACGGGAGAAGAGGUUCACUUUCGUCUUGGCUGUGGUCAUCGGUGUCUUCGUGCUUUGCUGGUUCCCCUUCUUCUUCAGCUACAGCCUGGGUGCCAUCUGCCCCCAGCACUGCAAGGUGCCCCAUGGCCUCUUCCAGUUCUUCUUUUGGAUUGGCUACUGCAACAGCUCACUGAACCCUGUCAUCUACACAAUCUUCAACCAAGACUUCCGCCGUGCCUUCCAGAGGAUCCUGUGCCGCCAGUGGGCCCAGACUGCAUGGUGA